AUGAGCCAGGAGCGAGCAACAAUGGGGCCUGGAGCUUCAGAGGCGGGGGACAGGCUGGAGGCGGCUCCACGGUCAGCGCUGGGCCCUGGAGUCAGCCUGCACACCUAUGACAUCGUGGUUGUCGUCGUCUACUUUGUGUUCGUCCUGGCCGUGGGGAUCUGGUCGUCCAUCCGUGCGAGCCGAGGGACCAUUGGCGGCUACUUCUUGGCAGGAAGAUCUAUGAGUUGGUGGCCGAUCGGAGCAUCUCUGAUGUCCAGCAAUGUGGGCAGUGGCUUGUUCAUUGGUCUGGCCGGGACAGGGGCUGCUAGUGGCCUUGCCGUGGGAGGCUUCGAGUGGAAUGUAAGGAGGCUGAACUGGCCUGGGAAGGGAAGGGAGCAUCCAAGGUCACACAAAAGGACUUUGACGAAGUCCCAAGCAACCUGGCUGCUCCUGGCCCUGGGCUGGGUCUUCGUCCCUGUGUACAUCGCAGCCGGCGUGGUCACCAUGCCACAGUACUUAAGGAAGCGAUUUGGAGGCCAGAGGAUCCAGGUGUACUUGUCCCUUCUGUCUCUCAUCAUCUACAUCUUCACCAAGAUCUCGACUGACAUCUUCUCCGGAGCUCUGUUCAUCCAGAUAGCUUUGGGCUGGGACCUGUAUCUCUCCACGGUGAUCCUGCUGGUAGUCACAGCGGUCUACACCAUCGCAGGGGGCCUCAUGGCUGUGAUCUACACAGACGCACUGCAGACGCUGAUCAUGGUUGUGGGAGCCCUGGUCCUCAUGUUUCUGGGCUUUCAGGAGGUGGGCUGGUACCCAGGCCUGCAAGAGCGGUACAGGCUGGCCAUCCCUAAUGUCACAGUCCCCAAUACCACCUGUCACCUCCCACGGCCAGACGCCUUCCACAUGCUUCGGGACCCUGUGAGCGGGGACAUCCCGUGGCCAGGUCUCAUUUUUGGACUUACAGUGCUGGCCACCUGGUGCUGGUGCACAGACCAGGUCAUCGUGCAGCGGUCACUCUCCGCCAAGAGUCUGUCCCAUGCCAAGGGAGGCUCCGUGCUAGGGGGCUACCUGAAAAUCAUGCCCACAUUCUUCAUCGUCAUGCCUGGCAUGAUCAGCCGGGCCCUGUACCCAGAUGAGGUGGGCUGCGUGGACCCUGACAUCUGCCAAAGGGUCUGUGGCGCCAGAGUGGGAUGUUCCAAUAUUGCUUACCCCAAGUUGGUCAUGGAGCUUAUGCCCAUUGGUCUGCGGGGCCUGAUGAUCGCCGUGAUGAUGGCCGCCCUCAUGAGCUCGCUCACCUCCACCUUCAACAGCAGCAGCACGUUGUUUGCCAUCGACAUAUGGCGGCGUCUCCGCAGGAAGGCCACGGAGCAGGAGCUGAUGGUGGUGGGCAGGGUGUUUGUGGUGUUCCUGGUGGUUGUCAGCAUCCUCUGGAUCCCCCUCAUCCAGAGCUCCAACAGCGGGCAGCUCUUUGACUACAUCCAGUCUGUCACCAGCUACCUUGCUCCUCCCAUCACUGCCCUCUUCCUGCUGGCCAUCUUCUGCAAGCGGGUCACAGAGCCGGGGGCUUUCUGGGGCCUCAUGUUUGGCCUGGGAGUGGGGCUUGUGCGCAUGAUCCUCGAGUUCUCCCUGCCGGCCCCCGCCUGCGGGGAGGUGGACCGGAGACCUGCGGUGCUGAAGGACUUCCACUACCUGUACUUCGCGCUGCUCCUGUGCGGGCUCACGGCCAUCGUCAUCAUAGCCGUCAGCCUCUGCACAGCCCCCAUCCCUGAGGAAAAGCUUGCUCGCCUGACCUGGUGGACCCGUGAGUGUCCCCACCCUGGAUUACAAGAGGAGGUCUUUGAGAGCUCUCUGGGGAGAUCAGAGAGGCCAGUGGAGGAGUGCCAUGGUGGAAGUGGAGCAGCAGAGAACUCCAGCCAGAGCAAGGAGCAGCCGGGAGCCCCGUGCAGAUCCUUGGGAAAGCUGCUCUGGGGCUGGUUCUGUGGGCUCUCUGGGAACCCAGAGCAGAACCUGAGCCCAUCAGAGAAGGCUGCCCUUGAACAGAAGCUGACCAGCAUCGAGGAGGAGCCUCUCUGGAGGAGCAUCUGUGACAUCAACGCCGUGAUCCUGCUGGCCAUCAACAUCUUCCUCUGGGGCUACUUUGCAUGA